UAUUUAUGUUGGAUUGUUAAUCACAAAACCUCGUUUAAAUUGUCAAAAGGUUUGGUUUACUGUAAAUGUAACAGGUAGGUUGAGAGGUCAGGGGCGGGGUCGGAUCUCAUACAUGUGAAUGUUCAUGAUCAACCCUCCUUCCUAUAAGGACGUCCAUUGCAUUCCAGCGGGCGGGUUCACGACUCUCUGCAUUUCUCAAUGAGUUUGCCGAGAGCGCGAGUGAGUUCAGUGUGGAGAAACCUACAAACCUGUCCACUUCACUGAAAACAUGGAUUACAGGCGGAUUACACGUGUUUUAUUUUUCUGUAUAUUUAUGAACUGUGUAUUUAUUUCUCUUCAGAAAAAAGAAGAGGUGCUGUUGGAUAUGACGGCAUCAGGAGCAGAGUUGGGUUGGUUGACAUCGCCUAGUGAUAGUGGGUGGGAGAUCGGCCAGAGGGCUGUGAACGGCUCUCUCUUAUAUAACUAUUAUAUAUGUAACGUGGAGGAACGAGAGCAAGACAACUGGCUUCGUACCACGUUCAUCCAACGCAACCCAACUGCCUCUCGGGUCUUCGUGGAGCUGCGAUUCGUAGUCCGUGACUGCAACUCUUUCAAUGCAGACUCCCUUAUCUGCAAAGAGACGUUUAACUUGUACGCCUCUGAAGCUGAUGCCGACAUCGGUACUGCUUUCCGCAAAGGCCAGUUCCGGAAAGUGGCGACCAUCGCUCCGGAUGAAAUAUCCAGCCUUGGGGAGAUGAAGAUGAACAUUGAGACCAAAAUAGUGGAUAAUCUUUCUCAUAAGGGCUUUUACCUGGCCUUUCAGGACAUUGGGGCCUGUGUAGCUAUUUACUCUGUCAGAGUUUACUAUAAAACAUGUCCAGCAACAGUGAAGAGCUUGGCAGCGUUCCCUGAGACAGUGGCAGGGGGAGAAAAUCAGGCCCUGCGGGAAGUGGCUGGGAGUUGUGUAGAAAAUGCAGUUAGCGAGGACCAACCUCGCAUUUAUUGCACGGCGGAUGGGGAGUGGGUGGUACCCGUGAGCCAGUGCCAAUGCAGAGCCGGGUUUGAAGCCAUGAAGAAUGCGUGCCAAGAAUGUCGCCCCGGAUACUUUAAAUCUUCAGUGUCCACUGAACCUUGCAAGCCUUGUCCAAAAAACACCCAACCCUCUGGCCCAGGUGCCGUAAGCUGUUCCUGCAUGGAGGGCUUUUACCGGGCACCUGAAGACCCCGAGACAGCAGCUUGCUCAGGUUUACCUUCGUCUCCUCUAAGUCUGGUGGCCACAACAGCUCAGAUGCCGAUAGGCAAGCUUCGGUUGUCAUGGAAACCACCCGCAGACAGCGGUGGGCGCAGUGACAUCACAUACUCUGUAGUUUGCGAACGUUGCGAUGGAAAAUCGUGUCAGUCCUGUGGCGAGAAAGUUCGUUUCGACCCUGGUAACACCGACCUAAAGGAGGCAAAAGUCACAGUGAGUGAACUUGAGCCGCAUCUGAACUACACUUUCACCGUGGAGGCUCGGAGCGGAGUUUCGCGGUUCAGCAAUAAAAGAGCGGUCGACAGCAUCAACACUGCAUUGCAUUAUACAGAUCCCCCGAAAGUAACAGACAUUAAUCUAGUGGAGAGCAGUCCCACCAGCCUAUCACUGCAGUGGUCCGUCUCUCAUCGAGCCAAACCAGUCACCACACGUUACGAACUGAUGUAUCGUAAGAAGGAAAAUGAUGAGGAGAAAGCCCGAGGAAAGGUCACUACCUACACCGUGCUAGUGCUGGAAAAGAGCUCAGUACAGAUCAGUGAUUUAUCUCCUUCCACUGUAUACUUGUUUAAAGUCCAAGCCCUGAGUCCAGAGGGAAACCCAGGCAGCUACAGCAAGGAGCACGAGUUUUCAACACUCCCACAAGCCCAAAAAUCGGGAAAUACUGCGGUGAUCCUCGGUGCAGCGGUCGGUGGAGGCGUCAUGCUUUUCAUCGUCAUAGUGGUCCUGCUUCUUCGAAAACGCCGAAGAAACUCUCACACCAGACAGGGGCCAGAGGACACCUAUUUCUCCAGCCCGGACCAACUAAAGCCGUUGAAGACUUACGUGGACCCUCACACGUACGAAGACCCCAACACGGCCGUGCUCAAAUUCGCCAGCGAGAUUCAUCCUAGUCACAUCACUAAGCAGAAAGUCAUCGGUGCCGGUGAGUUUGGAGAGGUUUAUCGGGGAAUAUUGAAAGCACCAGGGCGGAAAGAAACAGCAGUAGCUAUAAAGACGCUGAAGCCAGGGUACACAGAGAAACAGAGGCAGGACUUUCUUAGUGAAGCCAGCAUCAUGGGGCAGUUCACGCAUCAAAACAUCAUUCGCCUGGAGGGGGUGGUCACCAAAUUUAAACAUGCCAUGAUUAUAACUGAGUAUAUGGAAAACGGCGCUCUGGACAAAUACCUAAGGGAUCAUGAUGAUGAGAUGUCCUCUUUCCAGUUGGUCGGUAUGCUCCGUGGCAUUGCGGCCGGAAUGAAGUAUCUCUCAGACAUGAGCUAUGUACACAGGGAUCUGGCUGCCCGCAACAUCUUGGUCAACAGUAACCUGGAGUGCAAAGUGUCUGACUUUGGUUUGUCACGUGUUUUGGAGGAUGACCCCGAGGGAACCUACACCACCAGUGGAGGUAAAAUUCCGAUUCGCUGGACUGCACCGGAGGCCAUAGCUUAUAGGAAAUUCACGUCAGCCAGUGAUGUGUGGAGUUUUGGCAUUGUCAUGUGGGAGGUCAUGGCUUUUGGGGAGAGACCUUACUGGGACAUGAGUAAUCAUGAGGUAAUGAAGGCCAUUAAUGAGGCUUUUCGGCUCCCUGCACCGAUGGACUGCCCGUCUGCUGUGUAUCAGUUGAUGUUGCAGUGCUGGCUACAGGAUCGCUCCAAACGGCCCCGAUUUGGUGACAUUGUCAGUCUAUUGGAUAAACUCCUGAAGAGCCCGGAUUCCCUUAAGGCCAUUGCAGACUUCGACCCACGAAUUUCCAUUCGGCUUCCCAGCACCAGCGGCUCAGACGGCUCACCCUUCAGGUCUGUGGCCGAGUGGUUGGAGUCCAUCAAGAUGAGCCAGUACAGUGAAAACUUCAGUAUAGCCGGAAUUGUCAGCAUGGAGCAGGUGUUGCAGAUGAAAAGCGAGGAUAUUCGGAACAUCGGAGUCCGUUUGCCGGGGCACCUGAAGAGGAUUGCAUACAGCAUCUUAGGGCUUAAGGACCAGACCAGCACCCUGAGUGUAUUUGCGGUGUGAACUGUUGUUAAAACUUGCCAAAGGGAAUUAACCCAUUUGGCUGUGUACUGAAUAAACUCAAAUAUGCCUUGGGAUCGGACUGCAGGGACAGCCCUUGACCUGGCCAUAACCCUCCAGCCUAUCAAGAUGGACUCUCAUCGCCGUUAAGACUUGAUGUACUCAUCAAAAACGGAGGGAGGUUGGGGUAAAAAUGCGAACGUGUAAAACAAUCAAAAAGCUAUUGAUGUAUGCAUCAAACCAUGUACAUUAGAUAUAUAUUUUUACCAUAUGCAUAUGUUUAUUUUUUAGAGACGUGUAUAGUAGUUUCUUUAGUUUUUUUUCAUAUGCAUGCUUAAUUUUGCCAGACUUUGAUCAAUGCUAGCUUGCAGUCGUCACAUUUUGCUUUGAUCCUAUAGUCAAACGCAAGCAUUGCUCCUCUGAUGUUGUUAUGGGGAACUGGCCGUCUAUUUGACUGAGCUCUUUAGCUUGGUGCUGCGGCAAUGUAACAUGCCUCUCUGAAUUAAGAGAGGGAACCACAUAGACACACACAUAUGUAUUUCUCUACCAGUGAAAUCAUAGCUGGUGGUUAUGGGUUUAACUUAAGACUUAGUGAUGUUCAGCAGAGAUCAAGGUGAUUGUAAUGCGCUCUGGUUUCUAUCACGGCUUGAGCUGGCCAUGAUUGGAUGUCAGGCGCAUUGAUGGCAUUUCUACAAUUACAAUCUCAGUGCUAUAUGCUUUGAACCAUCAAGUUUAAACCCUCUGGUUUAAAUGAAACGGAGAAGUCUUCAAAUUCGACGUCUUCUUUGCAGACGCAGCACCAUGAAAUUAAAAGCACUUAAAUCAGAAAUCUCAGCAGCUGCGUGGACGCGACUUAAAUGCGGGUUGUCUCAUCCCUUAUCAUUAUGGAAGCUUGCAUUCAGGAUCGAAGGGAACACGGAGCACGCAAAAUGACAAUGUGGAAAUGGUUAAAGAAUGAAAGCGAAAAGAUACCGGGACCGAUUUUGGCACGCAAAACUGUAAACCGUCACGUCGGGCCGAAUCAAAUGGGAAAACAUGUUUGGCAGGGGGCUGCAAACAAAUGCACGGAUCUGAAUUUGAGAUAUUUGCAUUGAGCGACAAUCCUAGCAAACUAAGGAAAUGAUCAGAAGAAAUCUACAAACAGUUUUGCUUAGGUUGAUAUAACAACGUCUGUUAUUCAUUCUGUAUCAGCAGAUUAAAGCGCAGUUGCCUGGAGCUGUGAAUUGUGUGGACAGUCUUUGGCAGAUUUAGUUUAUGAUUAACUGAUACAAGAUAUGGAGGAAUGAAAUGUUAUACCCUGCAUUGACCUUCUUUGAUUAUUUCCUCUGAAUUACAGAACCUCAGUGUGGUUUAAAAUGGGAGUGUAGAUAUAAGUAUGGAAAGUUUAAUGGUUUAAUGAUAAACAUGAAGGUUUGGGUUAUUUGUAUUUACAGAGGAUAGAAUCAACCACCUAAUGUCCUUAAACAUUUAUGGGGACGCUUAUGGUCAAAUAUAUUGCAGUUCUUUGUUCAUUUUAACUUUAUUUUGAAUAUUGGUACAUGUUGAAUGCAAAUGGGCUCUUACAUAUUUCCGAAAUGACAUAUUUAGUUUUUGUUGGCAGAACUUUCUUUACUAAAAAGUGUGCUAUGGGACUGUAAUGACAGGGCCUCACAUUUUGUAUUUUUUUAUUACCUGUCUUGGUUUUCGAUUUUGCUCUAUGCUGUUCUGACUUACUUUUCCAAAACAUAAUUGAAAUUUUGAAUCGAACUUACAGAUCCCAUUCAUGAGAACUUCCACAAAAAACAAUAAUGAUUGGGCCAAUUGUUUUAUACUUUAUUUAAUAGUUUUAUUUAUUUUUUAAUUUUAUUUAUUGUAUUAACAACACUGAAUUGGGAUUUAUUUGUAAUUGAAGUUUGUCUUUCAGUCACAAUAAAAUCUUGGUAGAUUCUUUGAA